UGUGAAGUGGGUUGCAGUGGAGCUUGAAUUUUGAGCCCAAUUAGCCCUAUAUAUAAGUGUUGAACUCAGCAAUUUACAGACCAAAAGCUCAUUAUCUGAAUCAAAAGAGACAUAGCAAUGGAAAGAUAUCAACCCCCCAGUACCGGUCUCAUUCACCUCUGGCCACUCAUCUUGCUCAUGGACAUCAUCACUCCCUCCAAGGGGGUCCUCAACGGCACGGAGCUUCUCGAGCAGGUGUGCAACCACACGUCCGACACCGUAUUCUGUGUUACGACUCUUAUUGCAGACCCAAAUGCAGGUGGCCCGCAAGCCCUCGCCGGCGACCUCGCAAAUGCUGCAUUACGGUCAGCUCAAACCAAGGCCACCCACGCACAAGCCCUCAUAGCCCUCCUCCUUCAAAAUGCCACCAACUCUUUGGACCGUCACAGCCUCCAAAUAUGUCAAAGCAGCAACAACGAGGCCUUGUCGCAGCUUUCAUCGGCUAACAACGAGUUCAACUCCGACUCACUCGACUCCAUGGUGGGACUGAUGAACGGUGCUGCCGGUGUUACAAAAGCUUGCCUGAAUGAGAUCCAAGGCAGAGGCCACCACUUUUCACUUCUGGCCGCCGUUAAUGCUGACUUGAUCAAACUUUGCGAAAUUUGUAUUGUAUCCACGAGAUAUUUCACUAUUGAAGAUUUGUACUAAAUGACUUCUAGUUAUCUAAAUAAUUUGAU